CUGGACAGAGCCCUAAUGACCGCCCCACAGCAUGCCGGCUGCAGUCUGUUUGUGUGUGCUGUGCGGGUUACCUGCUUCUGGUAAAUCCAGCCUCGUCCAGGUAGCUUCUGCUCAGAUCGGUAAACAGGGCUGGGGGACUUUUAUCAUAUCAUACGACCAGCUCAUAGCAGAAGAGGCCUUCGCCUUCAGCCCGGCGGACAGCCUGUCGAAGGGGGUAAGACCUCAAACCAGAUGGAAGCAGCACAGGCAGGCUGUGUUGACCUGCCUGGAGAGUUUCCUGCAGGAUCCUCAGGCGCCCAGCCCCUGUCAGACCGAGGGAAAUGUGUGGGAGCGCUUCAGCCAGGCAAUCUCACCUGCCCUGCGCAAAUCGUCAUCUCAACCUCCACGAAUUGCAGUGCUGCUUGAUGACAAUUUCUACUACCAGAGCAUGAGAUAUGAAGUGUAUCAACUCGCUAGAAAGUAUUCCACAGGUUUCUGCCAGGUGUACCUGCAUUGUCCGGUGGAAGUGUGUCUCUCUAGAAACCAGGACAGAGGGCAGCCAGUGCCGGAUGAGGUCAUUGUAGAGAUGUCCAAACGCAUAGAGCCUCCAAAUGCACAGAAAAACCACUGGGAGCAAAGCAGUCUGACUCUGACAAGCACUGACAUCACAGACACAGACAUCCAGAACCUGUUCCAGUUGAUGUUCUCAGCACUGGAGAACCCCCUGAGUCCAUUUCAAGAUGACUUCGAGCAGAGGUUAGCCGACAGAGAGCGUUGUGCCUCCAGUGUGGUGCACCAGGCAGACCAGGCUUGCCGGCGGUUGGUGUCUCAUGCCAUGCUGACUGCCAGAGAGAGUAAAGCGUCCUCUGAGGUUCUGAGGGUCCUGGCGAAAGAUCUGAGUGAGCAGAAGGGUCAUUUCCUGCAAGAGCUGAGAAGACAUGUCCUCCAUGAGAUGCCUCUGUCUGAAGGGGAGCCAGUGGACGUGGAGCGAGUGGUCAGCAGAGCGCUCGCCGCGUUUCAACAGCAGAGAGACGACGUGCUAGAGAGACACGGCAUUAGCACCGGAGCCAGAACAGCAUAAGAGAGCAGUUUGAUUUGAGAGGCUUUGUUUUUAUCACACUAAUUUAAACAAGUGUACUUAUGUUUCCCCUCUUACCCCAGUGUAGUCUGUCAGCCAAGACGGUGGUGUCUGCACUGGAAUAAGUAAUGGAAGCAUGUAACCCACCAAUUAGCAUAGUGCUUACAGCAUGCAUGAAGCACACACUCGCCUCAAACCGUGUGGAGUAAUCAGGAAUAAACUGUGGUUUCUGACCCUGUACAGGACGCUGUUAUCUAGAAACAUGGACUGAAGUACAGACAAAAUUUAGGCCUCAAUAUAACUACUACUGUAGCUGUAUAACAAACACUGCAGGGACAAAAGUACUGGGACACCUAUUCUAAGCCCAUAGACAUUAAUAUGGAGUGGUCCCCAUUUACAGCUAUAACGGCUUCCACUCUUUUGGGAAGCUUCCUACAAGAUGUUGGAGUGUCUCUGGGAAUUUUUGUCCAUUCAUCCAGAAGAGCAUUUGUGAGGUCAGACACUGAUGUGGGAUGGGAGGGCCUGGCUAGCAGUCUCUGUUCUAGUUCAGGUGUUUGUUGAGGUUGAGGUCAGGGCUCUGUGAGGUCCAGUGAAGUUCUUCCACACCAAACUCACCCAGCCAGGCCUUUACGGAGCCGCUUUGGUCACUGGGGCUCAGUCGCGUUGGAACGGAAAAGAUUCUUCCCCAGACUGUUCCCACAAAGUUGUAAUUGUACAAUUGUCCAAAAUGUCUUCAAUAAGAUUUCCCUUCGCUGGAACUGAGGGCUCUAGGCUGACCCCUGAAAAACAGCCCCAUAUCAUUAUCCCUCCUCCACCAAACUUUACCUGCCUGACGUCACUGUACCAGCUGUAAUGUUCUCCUGCGUUCGCCAAACCCGGACUCGUCCAUCAGACUGACGGACAGAGAAGCUUGAUUCAUCAUUACACAGAAUAUUUCCCCACUGUGGCGGCAUUUUACACCACCUCCAUCCGACGCUUGCUGUUGUGCUUGGUGACGUUAGGCAGCUGCUCAGCCAUGGAAACCCUGCCAUGAAGCUCUUGGCACUCAGUUUUUGUGUUGAUGCCAGAGGAGGUUUGAACUCGGCAGUUAUUGAUCAGCAGAGCGUUGGUGACUUUUUUGCUCUAUGCCCUUCAGCACUUUAGGUGGUCUGAGGUCGUCGCAGGUAUUGUGGUUCCUAAACACUCAUCUUUAAUACCGCUUACAGUUGAUUGUGAAAUAUCUAGGAUGGAAGAAAUUUCAUGAACUGACUUGUAACAGUGGCGUCCUAUUACAGCACCAAGCCCGAAUUCAGUGAGCUCUUUCAAACGACCCAUUCUUUCACCAGUGUGUGUAAAGCCAGGCUCGGUGCUUGAUUUUAUACCCCUGUGUCAAUGGGAGCUUAUAUCACCAAUAACCUUCCAAUAAUUGGAUUUUCAUACUUUUAAAGUGAAAUGCUUGGUAUGGAAUCAAGGAUGUACUGAGGUUAUCUUUGUUAUAUCAAUUAUUUUCUUUUAUCAUUUAAUAAAAGUGUUUCAUUGUUAA